AAUGUAAAAUCCAAGUGAAGUACAAAUUGAAAAAUUGAUCCCGAGUCAUUUAAGAGGAAGAUCGGGAGGUGAGAUGGUUAAAUUGAUUGAUUGCUGCUCAUAGGGAUAGGUCGUAUUCAUUGGUAGGGGAUUGUUGGUAGAGGAUGGUGUAUUUAUUUGUUUAGGGCUAGGGCUAGGGCUAGGCUAGGGCUAGGGCUAAAUCGAUACUUCUAAUUCCAAACAUAUGAUAUAUAUGAUAUUAGCAUGGCAUCAAAAUCACGAUCUGAAAUCUUAGGGCUGCCGUGAAAUUCAAGCGGACGACCUCUUCCGGCGACCUUUCAUAGAUAUAUAUGUAUGAGGAUAAACUAGACGCGGGAUCAAACAAAAACACAAACUCUGUUGACGGUAUGGAUGCAGGGCAUUGUGGUGAAGAGGGUGUAAAUUCCCCUAGAAUGAGUGGACCUGUUCAAGGAAACCCUGGACCAAAUUUGGGUCACAACGUCGUCAUCAGGAGUGGGGAUGGAAUGGAUGUGAAUACUCUUGAAGUGGAUGUUGUUAAUAAAGGGGUAAUUUGUUACGAGCCCCAGAGUGGGUUGGAGUUUGAAUCUAAGGAAGAAGCAUAUUCUUUCUACAGAGAUUAUGCUAGGUCCGUGGGAUUUGGCAUUACAAUAAAAGCCAGUCGCCGGUCAAAAAGAUCAGGGAAGUUUAUUGAUGUCAAAAUUGCAUGUUCUAGAUUUGGAAGCAAGCGCGACUCCUCUUGUACAACCGCUCCUAAUUCACGGUCAUGUCCAAAAACAGACUGCAAGGCAAGCAUGCAUAUGAAGAGAAGAGAGGAUGGAAAAUGGUUCAUAUAUAGUUUUGUAAAGGAGCAUAACCAUGAAAUUUGUCCAGAUGACUUUUAUCAUGCUAUCAGGGGAUGGAACAAACAGCCUGCUGUUGUUGCUUGUCAAAAGAAAGGACUGCAGUUGGCCUUAGAUGAGGAAGAUGUGAAAGUGUUGCUCAGCCAUUUUAUUCUUAUGCAAGAUGAGAAUCCCGGUUUUCUGUAUGCAAUAGAUUUGGAUCAUGAAAAACGAAUGAGAAAUGUGUUUUGGGUUGAUGCGAAAGGUAGGCAUGAUUACAGCAAUUUUUAUGAUGUAGUCUUCUUUGAUACCAGUUAUGUGAGAAACAAGCAUCAAAUCCCCUUUGCUCCCAUUAUUGGGGUGAAUCAUCACUUUCAGUUCACGUUGCUUGGGUGUGCAUUGAUUGGGGACGAAACUUUAUCAACAUACGUUUGGGUAAUGCGCACAUGGCUUGGAGCAAUGAGUGGUCAAUGUCCAAGAGUAAUUAUUACUGAUGAAGACAAGUCACUGAAAGCAGCUACCAAAGAGGUGUUUCCUGAUGCACGCCACUGUUUCUGUUUGUGGCACGUACUGUCUAAAAUUACUGAAAAUCUUGGUCAUAUUAUUGAUCGGUGUGAAAAUUUUAUGAUGAAAUUUAACAAAUGCAUAUAUCGAUCUUGGACAGAUGAACAGUUUGUAAAAAGAUGGUGGAAAAUAGUUGAUAAAUUUGACCUUGGGGAGAAUGAAUGGAUUCAAUCAUUGCAUGAAGAUCGUAAAAAGUGGGUUCCAACUUAUAUGAGGGAUACUUUCUUAGCUGGAAUUUGUACAACCGAGCGAUCUGAAAGUAUAUCUUCUUUAUUUGACAAGUACAUCUGCAAGGUAACUACAUUUAAGGAGUUCAUUGAUCAGUACAAAAUAUUUUUGCAUGACAGGUAUGAAGAAGAAGCCAAAGCUGAUGUUGAAAUGCGGCAAAGACAACCAGCAUUAAGGUCACUUUCACCAUUUGAGAAACAAAUGUCGACAGUUUAUACUCAUGCGAUAUUCAAGAAGUUUCAAGUUGAGGUUUUGGGAAUAGUUUCUUGUAAUCUGCAAAAAGAAAGUGAAGACCAGACAACUGCAACAUUCCGUGUUGACGAUUUUGAGGAGCAGCAGAAUUUCAUUGUAUCUUGGAAUGAAGCAGAGCUCAAUAUCUGUUGUUUAUGUCAUUCAUUUGAAUAUAGAGGUUUUCUUUGUAGACAUGCAAUGAUUGUUCUUCAAAUGUCUGGUGUUUCCAGCAUCCCAACUCACUAUAUACUGAAACGAUGGACAAAAGAUGCAGUGAAAAUCCCACAGACCAUGAGUGAAAUACCAAACAGACUUCAGUACAGGGUCCAACGUUUCAAUGAUCUAUGCAAACGAGCCAUUAAAUUAGGUGAAAAAGGGUCUUUAUCUCCUGAAACCUAUGAUAUUGCCUUUCAUGCACUAGAGGAAGCCUUGAAACAUUGUGUGGGUGUUAAACAUUCUGUCGGGAGUGUUUUAGAGCCUAACAUGCUGACUACUCAAGGUUCUUUUACCAUUGAAGAAGAGAAUCCAGGCAACAAUUUGGCCAAGGCAUCAAAGAGAAAAAAAGUACAUAAGAAGCGAAAGGUACAAUUGGAGUCAGAAGCAAUAAGUCUUGGGAUGCAAGAGAGCAAUCAGCCAAUGGAACAGUUGAACCCAAGAACAGACGCCCUUGAAAACUGUUAUGUUGGUCAACAGAGCAUGCAAGGGAUGGAACUAGGACGAUCAAGGGGACCAACACUGGAUGGCGUCUAUUACGGUGCUCAGCAGCAGCAGCAGAGUGUGCAAGGAGUGGGACAAUUAAACCCAAUCUCAUCAAUGCGAGAUGGCUAUUAUAACAAUCAACAGUCUGGGACAAUUGUAUACAAUUCCAAUACGUGUUGGUCAUUAUAGUACUCAACAAAACCUACCAUGAUUGGACUGGAUUCAAUAAUAAUGGAAUUUUCAUGAAACAAUUUUGUUUCAUUUACCGGUCUUUUUGAAUAUUGAUGCACUUGAGUUCAGUGUUAAUGUACAAUGUGUUUUAUCAUUUGUAAUAAUAAUUAAAUACUUAUAUAUUUAUUAUUUUUAACUUUCAAGUA